AUGGAGGAAGAGAGGGAGGAACAGGGAGAGAGCACCCAGAGUGGGACAACUUCUACCCAGGCUGACACACCGACUCAGAACUUCAGUGAGGAGAGCGAUGAGCCCCAAAACCUACAGGAACCAGAGGAAAACGACCAGGCCGACAGUGGAGCAGGUGAUGGAGUGGUGGAGCCCAACCAGGUUGGGGAGGAUCUAAGUAGCAGUGACGCAGAGACCUUGCCACAGGAGACUCUGAUACCCACAAACACACAGGACGAUGCUGACUGCCUUCCAUUGUCCCCCCUGCCAACACAGGAAGAGUUGACCCGCCCUUCAGUGUCAUCUCAUCCCUCCAACACACAGAAUCGCCCGUCAGAACCCUGCUGGUAUUGCCUGAUGUCCCUUGACUCAGAGUAUCGUCCUGAAACUCCUAAACAGGAAAACUCGGAUCCCUUGUCACCACUUCCCUCUAGUGGCCAGAAAGUGAGCUACCAGACAGAUCCUAGACCUCACUUUGGCGUAGCUUGGUCCUCCCACUCCACAUGUCGUCCUCUGUGGGGCAGCGAGGGACCCUGCUGGGGCCAAAGACUCCCUGAAGUGCCCGAUCAGACACACACCUGCCCUCACUGCCAUCUGGGGCUUCCCCCUGACACACUGCGGUGGCAUGAGGCUAAGUGUGUACUGUUUGAAGGGCUGAGGAACACAAAGAAAUAA